AUGAACACUCUCCACGCACCCACUGUGCCCUCGGGGCCUACGAGCGCUGCAAGGACAAAUGGUCAGGCGGGGCAUCUGAGCUUCGCCGAGCUGCAACGCAAGAAGGACGACACGGAGGCAGAGCUGAAGGCUCUCGGUGCAGUGCUCGACUCGCACGGAGUGGACAUGGAGACGCCUCUCCUCACUAGAGAUGGGUUCCCGCGAGCAGAUAUCGACGUGGCCCAGAUCCGAACCACGCGAGCUCGGAUCAUCAGGCUCCGAAACGACUACAAGGAUCUCAUGUCGAACAUAGAGAAGUUCCUUCACGAGCACUUUGCCAACGUUGAUGACGCCGAACCCGUUCCAGCCGGCAGCUCGCAGCAGCCGAUCCUGCCCGACUCCUUGCCAACGGCCGCCGAGGAACCGUUUGCUAGGGUAAACUCGGUCGCUCCCGGCAGCCCAGCGGAGCGAGCCGGCUUGAAGGCAGGAGAUGAGAUUCGCGUCUUCGGCUACGUCAACAAGUCGAACCACGACAACCUCAAGAAAGUGGCCGAAUGCGUGCAGGGCAACGAAGGGGGCAACAUCUUUAUCAGAGUAUCCCGAACAACGGGCGUAUCACAGCGGGAGGAGCUCCGGCUGACGUUGACUCCGACGAGAGAUUGGGGUGGCAGAGGCAUGUUGGGCUGCCAUAUUCUUCCGCUGUAG